AUGCUCGAGGAAAGCGGGCCUAAUAUACGUAAGUCCGAAUACGGCGGUAUUAGUGGUGGUCCAGUGUUCACCCUCGCUGGGGAUCCUUUCGUGCCCAACUUCGAUGUGGACGAUUCGGUGUCAUUUCGAAUUAUCAGCGCUGCUCUCCACAUCGACACCCACCUUCUACUUCACGAGAUGUCCGCCUCCCUCAAAAUAGCAAGUCAUUCUCACGAUGAACGCAUCGCACGCAUUAUGUGGGCGGCCCACAUCCUAUUCUAUCUCACCAAGACCCAAAGCCAUAAUAAGCAGCCCCAGGACACCAAAAACAACGCAGGAUGCGACGACGGAGAUACAGAUGAGUCAAGUGACAAUGAGACCGACUAUGAGACAGAAAGAACAGUGAUUCUAUCCAGUCCUCGGGCGUCCAUUCGUGAGAAAUUUCUCGACUGUAUUGCGCAGCUGCUGUCGCCGUGUAAGGGGUGGGAUGGGGUUACUGCAACAGCGAUACGGGAAGGAGAGGAUGGGGUUGAGGUGGAUGUUGCCAGUAAUGAUGAAUUCCUUUCUCGUGAGGGUCGUUACUGUACAAGGUUGGAGCGGUAUCUGGCUGGUUGCAAUGAAGGUACCACGGGAGUGACUGCGACUUCACCGGAAAGAUUCGAGCGGAAGGCGAUAAACUUCGCGGGCCGUCGGGUCGAUCAUUGGAUUAAAGAUCUACGUACGGUUCUUGAGCAUCACCCUCUUCCCCAGUCUUCCCCUGGGCGGGAAGUUGCGAGUACUUGGACGAUGUUUCGGGAUCUUAUACUACAACCCCAUCCCGAUCAGAGUGUCACCAAAUAUAGAGUCCUCAUGGUCCAGCAGGCCUAUGAAUGUGUCAACACACCAGAGUUACGACAAACAUUAUCAGACAUCUUCGGAGGGCAGACCGCUGCAAAGCUCUGGAACAAGUUGAACUUUCUCGCAAGACCUCUAGCUGACUGCCGAUUACUGGCAUUAAUAGCGACGCGGGAACCACACCUUCGACAGUGCAAGAUCGUGCGAAUCGCUUCCCAACCGAAGACGACCCUAGAUCCCAAAUACGUCAUAGGAAUAUUCACAGCGUGGGAACAACUAGGUCUGGGAUCGCCGCCUAAGUGCGUGAUCCAGAAGCUCGACCACUUUAACGGGAAAUUCGAAAAGGCCUGUGCAGAAGCAUAUUCUCUGCAUGCUGAGAUGCAGCUAGUGCUACACUAUGAAGAGAGACGUGCACCACCACCUACCCUGGAUUACUUCGGGUGCAGUAAAAAAACCUGCUUGCUCUGUGAGACCGUUCUGGACGCUCUGCCAAACCAGGUUUCCACACGUGGGAGACACGGUGUUUGUUAUCGUGCCUGGGGCGUGCCGGAUUCGACGGCAGAUACGAUCCAGCUCGCAGUUCAGCGCUUAGAGAGCAGUCUCAUAGGCCGCAUAAAGGGGUUCCUUGACGAUUUAGUGCGCCCUAGGCAGAAAGGCCAAGCUGUGAAUACUGUGCAAUCUGGCCUACUGUCCGACCUUUCGCGCUCGACUCUAGAGGAACUGCAAAAGAGAGAGAAGGAUCUACAGUCCUUCAAGUAUAAACAGGACGCUCAUCGGAACGAGUUGAUGAUUCGUGAAGGAAUCGCCCCAAGGACAACACCCAGACCCCGCCCGGUGGACAAUUUCGAGCCCGAAGACUGUUGCGUCAUGUGCCAUACUAUCCCAGGACGUCUGUGUAAACGCUGUCGAAGCACAUACUACUGUUCCCGAGACUGUCAGCGCAGUGACUACGCUUCCCAUAAGCAUCUGUGCCGACAACUCUCUACUGAACCCUCUCGACCCUCUCCCGAACACAAACGGGCUAUCUUCUUCCCAGUCGACGAAGACCAGCCACGCUUGAUCUGGGUCCCCUGUCGACGCCAAUGCGACGACGACGACCUUAGGCCGUGGACAGAAGUCGAUCACCACCCAUACCUUGGCCCAGACUCACCGCGAAAAGGGACCAUGCGUAUCGAACACAACCCUGUUCGAAGCCGUAACCUAGGCUCGGGGUUCGCAGCCUGGGCUCCACACAAGCAAGGCCACUGCAUAUCCGUUCUCCACCGUGAAGCCUAUCUUAUAGACGGAUCGCCUACGAACCGCAGCAUAUCUGCCUGCGUACGAGCCUCCUGCACUUCCAUCCCGGCACAUGAAUACCGUGGGUCGAUGAUCGCCCUCCGGGAAAUCCAUCACGAAGAUUACGUCGAUAUCACUCUCGCCGACUUACGCCACAUGAUGGAUUACCUCGUCAGCUACCGAAACACCCAUAUUCGUGAAAGCGUCCCAGACCUGCACCACCAUGCCAACACCACUGUGCGCGGGGUAAAGAUCUGCUGCUACGGAGAGGUGAACCUCCAUGGGUCGGAUGCCUUCGUAGGGGUCAAUGUCACCCGCUCAAAUAGGAUAGCCCUUGGCAAGGGAUCUAUCUCGCCGAUAUCGGUCUGUCUAGGGAUGCCGAUAAGGUUCUGGAAGGAUUAUGAUGGCGAGUUUACUCGUGAUCCGGCCGGAUGGAAGGAGAACAUGACGGCGGAUAGUAACCCAAACGCUGCGUUUAUGAUGGUUGAGACGGAUCCUUCCAGAGAAUCAUGGGGCUGGGCUUCUCUGGAUUGGAAUAGUGACAUUGGGAAUGUGUGGGCAGUGCGUGAGGAUGGGCGAGAUCUGAGCGUGGAUGAUGUCGCGAUGAUGUGUUGUUUUGCGAGGCGUAAGAUGCAGCGUAUGUUUGAGGACGUGAUGGAAUCUGGUUCGAAAUUAGAGGAUAGACGGCGGGUUGUGGAACUCAUUACGUGGGAUAAUAUGGCUGCGUACUGGGAGGAAGUUGGUGGUAAUGCGCGGGAUAACUGGGAUGAUAUGGUUUGA